AUGCCGUCGUGUCUGACAAUAUCGCCGCCCACGACACCAUAUCUACCGCUCUCGACCCAGUCCAAUGCCCGCCAGAACACUUCACUAGAUCAGCCAACGCCAGGCCUGCCGCAGUCGCAUGUUGCCGCAUUUGCAGCUGAACCCGCCGUCCCUUGGCCGAUGACGAUAUCGGAGACUGAGAGCGACCGCCCUGCAGAUGGAAUCUCAUAUGCUCUCCCCGACUACACUCCCCGACCACACAGUAACCUCGGUGUAGGCCUCAACAACUAUGAACCUGCCUGGCUGCCCGGCCACGGCUUCAAUAUGAAUGAUGUCAACUUCUCUAUCUUUUCUGCCAUAUCCGAUUUUGGCCAGCGCAACUUUGCUCAACCGCCGCCACCGGAUCAUGACCAGGUCUAUGCCGCGGCUGACGCCUUGAGCGUCCUUAACGCAUCCCCAACCUUGGCCACAGCUCGAGGCCGGCAGGAGCACCAGCAACAACAGAACCAACCCCAACAGUCUGCAUCCAUCGUCCAGCAUAAAUGGCACACUCAGCUCAGCUCCAGCUUGCCCGUGCACAUGCCCAGCGCGCCCCUCAGCGAUCCUGAGCAAAACCUAUGUAUCAAGCUCUACUUUGCUCAAUUGAGUCCCGUGUUUCCGUUGAUUCGUGCGCCCUCUUUCCGCCCUUCGUCGGAAAGUGCUUUGCUGCUGCUCUCAAUUUGUUCCGUCGGUGCGCUCUUCGUCGGCUCUCCAAGUGCUAUGCCCCAAGGCAGGAGAAUAUUUCAGGUUCUAGACAAGGCGGUUGUGUCAUCUUGGGAAAACUACAUGGGUCGCGACAAACGCGAAACCUCAUCACUUAUGCAGGCAGCUCUGAUCGGUCAGACUUUUGGCUUGCUCUCCGGGCGCCCGCAGGACCUCUGCAUGUUGGAGGCAUUUGCCGGUACUGUAAUCUCUUGGGCUCGUCAGGGAGGUUUUUCUAAGAUCAAGAACUCUCUCGAGGUGGUGGGCCUGAAUCAAAUUGGUAAUAGCAGCAUGGCGUUACUUACUGAGCAAACAAACCGCGAGUAUAAGUACAAACGUAUCGUCUUCGGGCGAGCCUGCGCGUCAGCCAACAUCCUUACCUCGCUCCGAAAUGUUCCAUACGCCUCGCUGGCCGGCAUAAUGGCGUCUAUACAAGAAAAUAAGGCGUUAGCUUUAGACACUGCUACUAUUCCUUACUUUCGGGAUCUGUUGCUGACAUGGCACAAAGAGCAUAUGAGUAAGCAUCGUGAGGAGAGGAAUCCUAGGGGUUUGAUUGUGCUCUGGCAUGCUGCUUUCAUGACGCUAUACGUCGAUUUUGAUCCCCUUGAGCGCGCCAUCGGCCGCGAUGGGACUGAUGAGGCGGCAAAGGUCUCAGACCGUGUCAAAGUGUGGGCCGGCUCAUCCGAAGCGAAACACUGCGUCCUACAUUCUUUACUCGUCCUAAAGAAUCUUGAGACGCUACCAAUGGGCCUAUAG